AUGAACCAAAUUCAUUCGCCAACGACAGACAACAAGGAAGCACAAGAGAAACAACAACAACGACAAGAACAACAACCCCACCACCUGCCGCCACUGUCGUCAUCUGCCAACAAGAUGGCCACAAUUCCCCCUCCAGCCAUUGCUUCUGUAACAUCUUCUUCCUCGGCUAAUGAUUCACCAUCAAUACACGAUCUAAUACAAGAUGACGACAACGCAUCGAUGGAUAUCUUCAAAAUGUAUCAACACAAGAGCUAUCUACCCCAUAAUCAAAGGAUUUCCAAUUUAGCUUGGAGAAUACAAAAUAGGAAAAUACUCGUCAAUAAUGGUAAUAGCACCAAAUCAAACAUUGGUAGUAAAGAAGGCAGUGGUAAAGUCACUACUAAUGCAGGUGUAUCCAAACCGAUGGUUAGAAGAGAUUCAGGGUCCAAGAACAACAAUUUAACGAAAAGUGGGGUUUCAACUACCACGGCUCCUUCGUCAAACAUCCUCAACAGUAUAAAUAAAUCGACUAAAAUUAAGCAAGAGUCAAGUAAUGAGCCAAGUUUGGAUGAUUUUGAUUAUGUGGCUCAUAUUCGAAGAAUAAGUCAAGAAGAAUCCAAAGUGGACUUAAUCAAUGCAAGAGCUACAAUCACUGUCAAUGAUGGUAAAAAUGAGAGUAUGGAAGACGAACAAUCAAGCAACUACUUAUCCACCUAUAUCAAUAACCUUGAGUCCAAUUUGAAAAAUAGCUCCCUUAUGCAACCACCAACUGGUGCUACAAGUACAACUACCACGUCGAUAAGUCAAAUGUCACCUGCCAACAUGCAACACAGUAGGUCAAUAUCGGGUAUUUUUGCUCCAUUUGCGACAAAGCCUACAACAUCUUCAUCUUCUCCUCUAGUAACAACACCAGGUCCACUCCAACAUUCAGCAAACCCUAAUAAAGCCACUGCUGCUGCAACUGCUACUACUGCUUCUACCACUACUCAUUCAUCUCCAAGUUCUUCCUCAGCAAUGUCAAUCAGUGGCAGAAGUAAUGGUUUACUCAAUAACGGACGUAAAAAGAUUUUACAGUGCACCAAUUGUGAAACCAGGACUACUCCAUUGUGGAGAAAAUCUAAUAAUGGGGAUUUAUUGUGUAAUGCAUGUGGAUUAUUCUACAAAUUACAUGGUACUUUGAGACCAUUGAGGAAUAAUGACAACAACAAAAACAACAACAAUAAUAAUAGCAAUAGCACCAAUAACAGCUAUUCUGCUGGAGAUGUGAGCAAGCUCAAAAUGAGAAAUAGUGAUGACAAAAUCAUAGGCAACACUAAUAUCAAUUUACUUUCGUCAGAGUACACAAUUGGAAGUAGUGGUGGUAUUACGGGUGUGGGCAAGAGUGCAAUUCAUGAUGGAGGUGAAUACAAUACCGGCGGGUUUGUCGGAUCAUCAUCAGCACCAGUUUCAAGCCAUUUUUCAUAUUCACAAUCUCAACCAAAAUCUCAUCCACAACCACAUCCUCAACCUCAACAUCAUCUUCAUCAUCACCACCAUCUUCAUCACCAUCAACUCGAUCCAACUAGCGAACCACAAAGUGGUGACUUGAACGCCAACAUGGAUCUUGAUUCACAAUUUAAUUUUAAUGGCAAUCACAAACAAGAAGAUAAUGCCGAUGCCAAUGUCGACGCCAAUGGAUCAUUUACCACUCAUCAGAUUGAUAAAUUGCUCAAUUUGAAUUUGUUCCAAACUGACUUCACAUCGGAUGGCAAUACUAAUGAAUUGUUAUUUCAACAACAAUCAUCAUUCCAUAUGAACAACAACAACAACAACAAGAACAACAACCACCAACAUCAACAUCAUGAUGAGUUUGAUCUAUUGGAUCCUAAUGGACUACCUCCAUCUUCAAUCUCAGUAAAUGAUGAGUCGUUGGGGAGAGGAGGUGAUGGCAACGACGGUGGUAAUGAUAUGAUUGCCCAUGAUGAUGAUGAUGAUUUGACAUUUACAGGAAAAUCCGGUGCUCAAGCUACCACCAACGAUAAUGCUCAUCAUCCUAGUCAAUUCACGGGGAAUAAUACUACACCACAAGAAAUUGAUAAUUGGAACUGGCUACAAUUUUAA